CAGUGGCCCAGUGGAGAAAACAUCUGGCGAAAGUAUGCAGAAACCUCAGGUGACAGAACAAGGUGUGUCAAGGCCCCUGCCAGAACUACAGACUCCUCCAGAAGACCUGUCUCGGAGCACUCCUUCAAUAAAUCCCACGCCAUGUCAAGAGAGACAGGUGUUGUCUGUAGACACUCUUACUCCACCUCCAGAAACAAUCCCAUCACCAUGUGCUGAAAUUUGUCAUAAGGAGGAGCUUCAAAAACAAAAUGCUAUAGCCACUGGUGAUGGUGUGUGUCUAAGCACAAAGAGACAACGGAAACCCACCAAAAAGAUUCUGGAAAGCUCCAUAGAAGCUGAACCAAUACUUGUGCCAAAAAGAAAGGUGAAGUCACAGAAGAUUUGCUCAUCUGCACAAUCUGCAAAUUCAGGGAUGGGACAGCAAUCAUCAAAAAGUAAGAACAAACUGUCUUUUGAGUCAGUCGACACACCAACUGCCCCAAUCCUAAAAUGCACAGAGAUGGAGAUAGAAGUUUCUCCUCAUGCAGUUAACCCAGAAUCAGCCGAGGAUGGUUCAGAUGAUCUCAAAUGCUCAGAGCCAGAGAUGGUUGAAUCUAGUUAUGGGUUGUGUUCUGAAAGAGAAGAAAAUUCACAAUCCGAUGAAGGAGUCUCUGAUAAAAGGCUCUCAGUGGAGAAAGGAGGCAGCACUUUACUCAAGGAGAAUGUGUGUCAGGCAUGUGAGAAGCAGGGAGACCUCCUUCUCUGUGAAGGGCAGUGCUGUGGGGCGUUCCAUCUACAAUGCACUGGCCUGAACGAGCCUCCUACAGGGAGAUUUUUAUGUCAUGAGUGUACGUCUGGUAUACACUCCUGCUUUUCUUGUAAGAGCCUGGGUGAGGAUGUCAGGCGCUGUAUGCUUCCAGGAUGUGGGAAGUUCUACCAUGGGGAGUGUGCUGCCAGCCAUGGACCCACAGUACCUCUGAACCGGGCUUUUCGUUGCCCUCUCCAUGCUUGCCUGUCGUGUUUCAUCACAAACCCUACCAAUCCAUCUGUAUCUAAAGGCCAGCUAACCCGCUGUAUCAGAUGCCCUGUGGCAUAUCAUGCCAAUGAUUACUGCAUACCAGCUGGGAGUGUCACACUCACCGACAGCAACAUAGUGUGUCCCAAUCACUUCACACCAAGAAAAGGCUGCCGCAACCACGAGCAUGUCAACGUCAGCUGGUGCUUCGUCUGCUCAGAAGGAGGUAGUCUGCUGUGUUGUGAGUCAUGCCCUGCAGCGUUUCACAGAGAGUGUCUGAACAUCGACAUGCCAGAAGGCAGCUGGUACUGCAACGACUGUCGUGCUGGAAAGAAACCACACUACAAGGAAGUAGUGUGGGUAAAAGUUGGCCGCUACAGAUGGUGGCCGGCAGAGGUUAGCAAUCCCAAAGACGUUCCCGAGAAUAUUCUACGCAUGAGACAUGAUGUCGGAGAGUUCCCAGUUCUUUUCUUUGGCUCUAAUGACUACCUGUGGACUUACCAAGCCCGUGUUUUUCCUUACAUGGAGGGCGAUGCCAACAGUAAAGAGAAAAUGGGAAAGGGAGUUGACUCUACUUAUAAGAAAGCAUUGGAAGAAGCUGCAGUAAGGUUCAAAGAACUGCAAGCCGAGAAAGAACUACGGCAGCUGCAGGAGGACCGACGAAAUCACAAGAAACCUCCACCAUACAAACAUAUUAAGGUGAACAAACCAAUUGGCAAAGUGCUGAUCAUUUCGGCAGAUCUUUCGGAAAUUCCUCGCUGCAACUGCAAAGCGACGGAUGAGAACCCCUGCGGUAUGGAUUCAGAGUGCAUCAACCGCAUGUUGCUGUACGAGUGUCACCCACAGGUGUGUCCCGCAGGUGAGCGCUGCCAGAACCAGUGCUUCACCAAACGACAGUACUGCCAGGUGGAGAUCUUCAGAACGCUGUCUCGAGGCUGGGGGCUGCGCUGUGUUCAUGACAUCAAAAAGGGAGGAUUUGUUAACGAAUAUGUUGGAGAGGUGAUUGACGAGGAAGAAUGUCGUGCCCGGAUUAAACAUGCUCAGGAGAACAAUAUCGGCAAUUUCUACAUGCUUACAUUGGACAAGGAUCGAAUUAUUGAUGCCGGGCCCAAGGGAAAUGAAGCCCGUUUUAUGAACCACAGCUGUCAGCCAAAUUGUGAGACUCAAAAAUGGACAGUCAACGGAGACACACGUGUUGGGCUUUUUGCGCUUACAGAUAUCCCUGCUGGCACUGAGUUAACAUUCAACUAUAACCUUGAGUGUCUGGGCAAUGGGAAGACGGUGUGCAAGUGUGGUGCAUCUAAUUGCAGUGGAUUCCUGGGAGUGAGGCCAAAAAACAACCCCCCAUCAGAUGAUAAAAGCCGUAAGAUGAAGAAGAAGUCUCAGAUGAAGCGUAAAUCCCAGCAGCAAGUUAUCAAGGAGCGGGAAGAUGAGUGCUUUAGCUGUGGAGAUGGAGGACAAGUUGUGUCCUGUAAGAGGCCGGGCUGUCCUAAGGUUUACCACGCUGACUGCCUCAAUCUCACAAAGAGACCUGCAGGCCGUUGGGAGUGUCCUUGGCAUCAGUGUGACUUGUGUGGACAGGAAGCAGCUUCCUUCUGUGAGAUGUGCCCUAGCUCCUAUUGUGUCGAACAUCGAGAUGGCAUGCUUUUUAUAUCCAAACUGGAUGGCCGCUUGUCAUGCAGCGAGCAUGACCCCUGCGGCCCCGAGCCCCUGGAGCCUGGCGAGAUCCGGGAAUACCCCCCGGAACUCAAGACAACCUACCCUAUAAACUUCAUCAGAUCUGCCAAAACCAAAUCCACAACCCUAAACACUACGGCUGUCCCGCAGGCUUCCUCUCUCCCUGAUGCAGUCCCUCAGGUGUCCUUUAGCCCCUCCAGAAGCCCUCCACCAAUUGACAUCUCUUUAAACUGUGCAUAUUCACCAAUUUCUUCCUAUGGAGAAGACGACGCAGAAGAGGAAGAAAGUUUGAUACAAUUAGAAGGGGAUGGUGAGAAGAGCGUAACUCAAGAUAAUUCGGAACGAUUGAGGAUAAAGAAGAAAACCGAAGUAUAAAGGUUUAAUCUAUUGAAGCAAACUGACCCGAGGUUUACAUUUCCCAACAGACCUCUUUAUAGCCAUGCUCUGAGGCUAUCUGAUGUACAUCAAAUUUUCACUACAGCAUACAUGAAGAUGGUACACAAAACAGUUUGCAUCCCUGUCAGUAAUCCCUUUGACGAAGAGGACACAGAUAGACGAAGAUGGCAAUGUUUUUCGGGAAAAUGGUUUCAAACACUGAUUAAAUAGAACUGACUUUAUCAGAUUGUAGCCAAUGUUAAGUUUUUUCUUGCUACAUCUGGGAAUAUGAAAUAUGUUGAACAUCGCAACAAUGAAGAGACAGUAUUUAGGGAAGGGAAUAUAUUUUUCCUUGGAAAUUCCAUUGCCUUCUUCAAGUCAAAUAAUAAUGACUAUAAACUCAUUUACCAAAACUGGAUUUGUGCUGUAUAUUUGCUCUGUGAGCAAAUGGUACAGAAUAUAAGCUUAGGGGAAAUUUUACUAUUGAGUAAGUGGUUCAUAUACACUUCUUCGUCAAAAAAAAGUGUUACGGAAUACUGAAGAGCCUAUGAUUGGGUAAUUAUUGCUGUUUUUAAUAUGUUUCUGGCAUGUUGUAGGUUUGGCAACAGUUCUUUAAACCCUAACUGAUGCACUGCACAGCUUUUUAUUUCUUAAACAACCAAGUCAAAAGACGUACACGUCCAUGUUCCUGAAUGACAAUGUCAAGGUCCAAAUUGUGAAAGUUUGGCCACCACAGAGUCCUGUUUGUAAGAAUUUUUGCCAAACAUAUAACAUGUCAGAAACAUAUUAAUCAUUGAAAUAAUAAUUGAAUCCUAAAAUCUAGGGAUGGGCGUA